AUGGUGGAAAAUAAGUAUUUGGUCACCUACAAACAAGCAAGAUUACUGGCUCUCACAGGCCUGUAACUUCUUCUUUAAGAGGCUCCUCUGUCCUCCACUUCCUACCUGUAUUAAUGGCACCUGUUUGAACUCGUUAUCGGUAUAAAAGACACCUGUCCACAACCCCAAACAGUCACACUCCAAACUCCACUAUGGCCAAGACCAAAGAGCUGUCAAAGGACACCAGGAAAAAUAAAUAUAGACCUGCACCAGGCUGGGAAGACUGAAUCUGCAAUAGGUAAGCAGCCUAGUGUGAAGAAAUCAACUGUGGUAGCAUUAUUAGAAAAUGGAAGACAUACAAGACCAAUGAUAAUCUCCUUCGAUCUGGGGCUCCAUGCAAGAUCUUAUCCCGUGGGGUCAAAAUGAUGACAAGAACGGUGAGCAAAAAUCCCAGAACCACACGGGGGGACCUAGUGAAUGACCUGCAGAGAGCUGGGACUAAAGUAACAAAGGCUACCAUGAGUAACACCGCCUGGGACUCAAAUCGUGCAGUGCCAAACGUGUCCUCUUGCUUAAGCCAGUACAUGUCUGUCUGAAGUUUGCUAGAGAGCAUUUGGAUGAUCCAGAAGAGGAUUGGGAGAAUGUCAUAUAGUCAGAUGAAACUAAUAUAGAACUUUGUGGUAAAAACUCAACUUAACGUGUUUGGAGGAGAAAGAAUGCUGAGUUACAUCCAAGGAACACCAUACCUACUGUGAAGCAUGGGGUGGAAACAUCAUACUUUGGGGCUGUUUUUCUGCAAAGGGACCAGGACGACUGAUCCAUGAGGAAAGAAUGAAUGGGGCCAUGUAUUGUGAGAAUUGAGUCAAAACCACCUUCCAUCAGGGCAUUGAAGACUAAACGUGGCUGAGUCUUUCAGCAUGACAAUGAUCCCAAAGACACCGCCCGGGCAACGAAGGAGUGGCUUCGGAAGAAGCAUUUCAAGGUCCUGGAGUGGCCUAGCCAGUCUCCAGAUCUCAACCACAUAGAAAAUCUUUGGAGGGAGUUGAAAGUCUGUGUUGGCCAGCGACGGCCCCAAAACAUCACUGCUCUGGAGGAGAUCUGCAUGGAGGAAUGGCCCAAAAUGGCCCAAAAUACCAGCAACAGUGUGUGAAAACCUCGUGAAAACAUUUGAUCUCUGUCAUUGCCAACAAUGGGUAGAUAAAGAAUUGAGAUGAACUUUUGUUAUUGAGCAAAUACUUAUUUUCCACCAUAAUUUGCGAAUAAAUCCUUAAAAAAAUUGUGAUUUUUCUGGAUUUUUUUCCUCAUUUUGUCAAAAUUAUAGGCGUCUCUCAUCUUUUUCAGUGGGAGAACUUGCACAGCGGGUGACUAAAUACUGCCCCACUGUAUGUCAUACCAAAGCAACGGCUCUGUUGUUUUAAUUCAGAAUUCUAGCCUUGGGGGUGACAGAAGCGACACAGUGCCGCUUCAGUAAUUGUGGCACCUCUACACUAAACUUAAUGUAAAUUAAUCGUUCCUUGAAAUAAGUUUCAAUUUAGAGAAAUAACACAGUUUUAGUGGUUAGUAUGGUUGUGUUGCAUCACUUGAUAUUACAUUUUUAUGUUGUCUAUAACAAAACACUUUCAACAUCAAAUUACUUUGGCAUGUACAUGCACACUAUGUUAAUGCACCCCAAUUUGUGGAUUUGAGUCUAUAGCUGCAAUAUUAUUAUGCUGGUGAAGAUACGCCUAGGUAGGAAGGUGUGUAGGAAUGUGGGUACUUUAUUAAUCCUGUAGAAAAUUGUUUAGUGUAAAUAAUAUUUUAUUACCAUGACAGUGUAUAUGGGGUGUUCAAUCAGUCAACAUGUUUACAAAAUGCUCUGCAGAUUUUCCAACUUUUCUUUUUCAACUUAUUUCUCUUUGCAAGCGCAAAGCGCUCUCCAAUUUCUCUUUUGUAGCCGUCAUUUUCACAAGUUUGCGAGCACUUGCCUGUCGACAUCCAAAACGUGCCUGUAGUUGUGGCCCAUAUCGGCUUUUGGCCAUACUUUUGUUCCCUGGAAUCUACCUGCCGCACUGUUAACCUGCACAACCAGAAAAUUCUGCUUUCUACUGUAAUUUAAAGAACAGAUACAGCUCUGUUGAUUGAGUAACUUGCCAAGUAGUUGCUCCUGCUUUGACCAGUCAUAUAGGUCAUUUCUGCUACAUGAAUUUUCAUCCAUCCAUCCAUACACCCACCCACCCAUGCAUCCAUCCAUCCAUCCAUCCAUUUUCUUCCACUUUAUCUGGGGUCUGGUCACGGGGGAAGGCUUCCUUCUCCCCAGCCACUUCAUCCAGCUCCUCUGGGGGGGGAUCCAGAGGCGUUCCUGGGCCAGCCAGGUGACUUCCAGCGUGUCUUGGGGCGACCCCAGAACACCUCACCAAGGAGUCGUCCUAACCACAUGCCCGAGCCACCUCAUCUGGCUCCUCUCGAUGCGGAGGAGCAGCGGCUCAACUCUAAGCCCUUCCCGGAUGACUGAGCUCCUCACCAUAUACUAGGGAAUUCCACAGGUGUACUACUUUGGUCCUUGCGGUAAAUACAAUGCUAUGGUGUUGGAGCUGCUUGGGCCCAGUCUAGAAGACCUGUUUGAUCUUUGCGACCGGACCUUCUCCCUCAAGACCGUCCUGAUGAUAGCCAUACAGCUGAUAACGCGGAUGGAGUAUGUCCACACAAAGAGUCUGAUAUACAGAGAUGUGAAGCCGGAAAACUUCUUAGUUGGGCGACCAGGAAGCAAAAGACAGCACACAAUUCACAUCAUCGAUUUUGGUCUGGCCAAAGAGUACAUAGACCCCGAGACCAAAAAACACAUCCCAUACCGGGAGCACAAGAGUCUGACUGGAACGGCACGCUACAUGAGCAUCAACACACACCUGGGAAAAGAGCAAAGUCGGCGGGAUGAUUUGGAAGCCUUGGGUCACAUGUUCAUGUACUUCCUUCGAGGUAGCCUCCCGUGGCAGGGCUUAAAGGCGGAAACUUUAAAGGAGAGGUAUCAAAAAAUUGGGGAUACCAAACGAGCGACCCCGAUCGAAGUGCUUUGUGAAAGCUUCCCUGAAGAGAUGGCCACCUACCUCCGAUAUGUGAGGAGGCUGGACUUCUUUGAGAAGCCUGACUACGACUACUUGCGGAAGCUCUUCACUGAUCUGUUUGACAGAAACGGCUACGUCUUUGACUAUGAAUAUGACUGGGUUGGCAAAUCCCUGCCCACACCAAUAGGCCCUAUCCCUAGUGAUGCUCCCCUGCAGCCCAGCAGCAGGGACAAAGCACAACAGCAGACCAAAAACCAGUCACCUGAGCCAAAAGGAAGUGAGUCUCAGCCCACCCCCGUGACCAAUAAGGAGACUUUGGGGUCGCACCUCACAGCUGAGCGGCUGGGGGGCUCUGUCCAGGUGAUGAGCUCAACAAAUGGUGAGCUGAACACUGAUGACCCCACAGCUGGACACUCCAAUGCUCCCAUCACUGCUCCCACCGAGGUUGAAGUGGCUGAUGAAACCAAGUGCUGUUGUUUCUUCAAAAGGAGAAAGAGGAAAGCCCUCCAGAGGCACAAGUGAAUGACACCAUUGGAGAGAACUUGAAACCUUGUUGUCACUGUCAAAUUUUAAACGGAAGCAACUACACAGACUCCUCCUUGUCCUUUUCUCUGCCCAGCUUCCCUCUUACCUCUUUACCGCCCCACUUCCACCUCAUCCUCCACUCCCCUACCGCCAACCCUGCCCCUGCUUCUAUCUUUCUCGUUCUCAGUGCUCCCUGGCUGCUGGUGUGUCAAAGGAAUGUUGCAGUCAUACUGACUCACAACAGACUGAUUCCUUUAUCAGCAGAAAAACUUACCUGCAUUACAAGGAGGGAGGGAGGGGUGGGGGCUUGAGAAAACGUUUAAAAAAGCUGUAACAAUGAAACUGUGGCGUGAAUAUGAAAAAAGAUACUGUUUGAAACAGUUGUUGUAUUCUAGAUUCCAUAAAAGUUUGUUGUUCCAACAGUGAGCUGUUGAUCAGGGGGAACCAUCAGAAUUCUACUCCUUAAGAAAUUGUUUAUUGCUUUUGUUUUCUUCCUUUGGUGUGUGUUUUGGGAUCAAAGUAAAGAGGAAAGGUGAAAAUAUGAUGUUAAAAUCUGAGAGACACAGGAAGCUUUUCAACUAUAACAGAAUUUGGAGGAUUUUUAUGUAUUUUUUCUCUUUUUUUGUAAUUGACUCCUCAGUUUUCAAAGUCAAAUCCCUGCAUUGAAGACUUAUUUUUAUGUUGUAGUGUUCUGGAGUUUCAUUUUUUUCCCUUCCUCUGGCUUUCUUUUUGUCUGUCAACGUGGACUUUGUAGCACAGUCACUGGCCUCAGGUACUGUGGAAGAUUGAGAGAAACAGAUAUUAAGCUCUCUUGCUAUUAUUGCACUUUUGGGAAAAAAAAACUGAAAAUUACAGUGAAAACUUUAGGUUUGGAAUUAACAAUUACGAAAACAAAACUUAAUAAAGACUGAUCUAGGAAGAGUCCUUCACGACGCUUAUAUCUGAGUUAUGGCAGAAAAUGUUGAUUUACAUGGGGGAAGAUGUCUUUCAACUUUUAUUUCUUACAUCAGAAUAAUUUACCAGGAAAUCAUAGUUUGUGCCUUUCUAAGUAAAAUGUUUAAAGCUCAA